GUCGCAUACGGUUGUUUCCAUUUGAACAAACUGUUUUUUUUUAGCGGAGUGCGCUGCUGUGAAAUUUUGAAAGCUCUUUUUGGGCCCUUUAAUUUUAUGUAACGGCUGUGCGGCACAUCCAAUAUCCAAGCGAAAGGAGGUCCACACACUCCCCUGGCGCCGCCUGAGCGUGGUCGUCCUGCUCCGCGCUUCUAGCACCAUCACCUCCACCACCACCCCCCAACCCGAGAAACAUAACGUGAAAAUCGAUUUCGGCUGCAGGCGCAGGAAGAAACAGCAGUAUGUCCCACGGCGAUGUGGACCCCGAGGUAGUGAUGACAUCGCCCCACCGUAUUAAUGGGGACGCAGGAAGUCGCUCAAGGUGGCAGACAUUCUGGAAGCUACAGAGCUGGCAGAGCAGCAUGCUGCUCCUAGUCGGAGUUGCUGUGUGUGUCCUCGUGCCUGGAUGCAGCGCCACGGACACGGACAUCGCGCUGGACGCCAAGGCCACGCUCAAUCACCGCAUCCAGAGCCUGGACCUUCUAGUCUUCGUGUUCCUGCUGGCGCUCACAGUGCUCACCAUUUGGCUGUUCAAACACCAUCGCGUCUCCUGGCUCCACGAGACCGGAUUGGCCGUCAUCUACGGGUUGAUUGUGGGUGCAAUUAUACGAUAUGCAGGCACCUCCGCCACACUGGUCCACAUACAGGUGGAGCCUCAGGGAGUUCCAACGUACAGCGAUAAGUUGCCUCCUGAUACUCUUUGGUUUAGGUACCCCGUUAACCAAACAAAUGGCACAAAGGCGCCCGACGUAAUAACGUAUGCCUACGUGUUUCGCGGACAAGUACACGAUGUGGAUGAGAACGAAAUCGAUCUUAAGGCAACGUUCGAUCCGGAGGUCUUUUUCAAUAUUAUCCUGCCCCCAAUUAUUUUUUAUGCGGGCUAUAGCUUAAAAAAGAAAUACUUCUUUCGCAACCUGGGUGCCAUACUUACGUUUGCCAUUGUGGGCACGACAUUGUCGGCCUUCCUGAUCGGAGGCUUCAUGUACGGCUGUGUGAAACUGAUGCCAAAGUACUUGAGUAGCAGUUUCACAUUCCUGGACUCCUUAUACUUUGGAGCUUUGAUAUCGCCCACAGAUCCGCUCACCAUUCUAGCCAUAUUUAACGAUCUUCGGGUCGACGUAAACCUAUAUGCGCUAGUCUUGGGCGAAUCUGUGCUCAACGAUGCCGUGGCCAUAGUCCUUAGUGGAGCCAUUCAAAAUUAUGGUGAACACUAUUCCAGUACCGGGGACUUCGAAACUACAGCUUUUCUACGCUCGUUGAGUGACUUCUUCUCCAUCUUCUUUCUAUCCCUGAUGAUUGGCGCGGCCAUGGGAUGCUUGACAGCAUUGAUGACCAAAUUUACUCGGGUUCGAGACUUUCCUUUGCUAGAAUCCGCGCUCUUCGUGCUCAUGAGCUACAGCACCUUCCUGCUGGCUGAGGCUACGGAACUUACUGGUGUGGUGGCCGUGCUCUUCUGCGGCAUCUGCCAGGCUCACUACACCUACAACAACUUGUCGGAGGACUCGCGCCAAAGGACAAAACAGAUCUUCGAGCUCCUAAACUUUCUGGCCGAGAACUUUAUUUUUUCCUACAUUGGCGUAUCUAUGUUCACCUUUCCCAAGCAUCAUUUUGACGCCGGUUUCAUAAUAACAGCUUUUAUUUGCGCUGCCAUUGGAAGGGCGGUAAAUGUGUAUCCCUUGUCCUGGCUGCUGAACAUAAAGCGAAAGCCAAAAAUUUCAACAAACUUUCAGCAUAUGUUGUUCUUUGCUGGACUUCGUGGCGCCAUGUCCUUUGCCUUGGCCAUCCGAAAUACAGUGUCGGACGAACGACAGACGAUGCUGACUGCCACAUCGCUGAUUGUCAUCUUUACGGUUGUAAUUCAGGGUGGGGCUGCCAAUUUCCUGCUUAAUUGGUUGAAAAUACCCGUUGGCGUGGACGAUGAGACUGAACAACUCAAUAACUAUCAAGUGCACAGUUCUGAUGGUUAUUUGCAGGAUGUGGAGGGCGGUGGGGUUAAUCGCAACAAGAUGCGCUUGUCCGGUGGAACAGAUACUAACUUGGACACGCCCGUCGAUGGUCCGAAUGGCAGUUUGGGCGGAGCAAGCGGCGGCCGUCGGCGCAACAGUCACGAGAAGGCCAUUCUCGCUAGGAUCUGGGGAAACUUUGAUACCAAGUACAUGAAGCCUUUGCUGACGCACUCGCGACCCACUUUGCUGGAGACGCUGCCCGUUUGCUGCAAUCCCAUUGCUAGGCUGCUCACCACCACGCAGCAAUUAACGCAGGAUGGAAGCGAGUUCAGACGCGUGGACUCGGACUCGGACAUUUGCAUAGACAAUGAUACCGGGAACGGUCUCAGUCAGGAUGGAACCGGAGCGGCACCAGGUGUGGGGCGGCGGAACUCCCUGAGUCGCGUAAGUAUUAAGUACACCGCCGAUAAUCACCAUCUACUUGCUAGCUACCGAAAUAUUGAAUAACCGAAUGAGCGAAGCACCCCAGACACCAAAGACUAAUCUAAGCGUAGCAAGCUGGCCACUAACAAAGAAACGAAAAACCUCAAAAAAAACUAUAAUCCGAAAGAAUCUACACCACAGAGACUUUGGCAAAGUAGACAUAUUGUUGUAUGAAUUGGCCGUGAAAAUGUGAUUUUUGUUUAGCGAUCUUUUGCUUUUGUAUAAUUUUAAAGUUAAAUUUUGUGGUGUAAGCGGAAGUGAUGGAGGUCCAUUAAGUUACACCCUUCAAUAUGGUUGACUAAUUGUUUAAGUUUGUGCGACGGCAAGCGAUUCCCAGUAUACUAUAACACCUAUGUAAUAUUGUUUUGACUGUUAACUACUACUAAAUGCAUGCUUAACAAAUAUACUUAUGUAACCAAAA